GCCGAGACCUCCGCGGUCCUAGAGUGGAGCAGGAAGUGUCCCAGGGGAGGGAGCCGAAGGGUCCGGCCUUUCCUCUCCUCCGCGUCCGGCGGCUCCAGCGGCGGCCCAGCCUGCGCGGCCGGCUGGCGGGGACGCGGCGCGGCGGUGGGGCCGUGCGUUCCUGGAUGAGCGGGAGCCGGGCUUGGCCGCCCAGGGACGGAGUCGGGCCCAGCGGAGCGCCCGCCGCGGGGAGGACGCCGGGAGGAUGAGCAGCGGCUGUGGAGCCGGGCGCCGCGGCCGGAGCGAUCGGAGUUAGAGCCGGGGAGGAGGUGCGGACCCAGUGAGCGAGCGAGCGAGUCUCAAGGCAGGAACGGUGACUUUGGCUCAGAAACCCCAAGAUAGCAGCCUGCCUGGCUCGGCCCUCUUGGGUUUUCUCCGGGAGGAUCUGGCCACCGAAGGGUCGUCUUCUGCUGCUGACCCCCAUCAAAUCCCAUCAUGCCCACAGCCCUGUGUCCCCGAGUCUUGGCUCCGAAGGAAAGUGAGGAGCCCAGGAAAAUGAGGAGCCCACCGGGGGAGAGCCCUGGGCCCCAGGGCGAGCCUCCCAGCCCCGAGUCGUCCCGACGCCUCUUCCGCCGGUUCCGCUACCAGGAGGCGGCGGGCCCCCGGGAGGCCCUCCAGCGCCUUUGGGACCUGUGCCGGGGUUGGCUGUGCCCCGAGCGGCACAGCAAGGAGCAGAUCCUGGAGUUGCUGGUGCUGGAGCAAUUCCUGGCCAUUCUGCCUCGCGAGAUCCAGGGCUGGGUGCGCGCCCAGGAGCCGGAGAGCGGGGAGCAGGCUGUGGCGGCUGUGGAGGCGCUGGAAAGGGAGCCGGGGAGACCCUGGCAGUGGCUCAAGCACUGUGAGGACCCCGUGGUGAUUGACGAUGGGGAUGGCCCUCUGGACCAGGAGCAGGAGCGGCUGCCAGCAGAGGCCCAGAGCCACCUUGCAAAGAGCCAGGAAGCCCAGCCAGUGGCCCUGCCCCAGGGCCCUGGGCUCCCAAGCCGACUGCCAGGCCAGCUCAGCGGGGAUCCAGUUCCUCAGGACCCAUCCCUCCUUCAGGAAGUGAGCUCGAGGGAUGGACAGCAGAUGACCUCUCUCCAGCUGCCCCUGAAACGGGUUUUUCCUUUGGAGGACGUGAUCUUCUGUUUCUCGCAAGAGGACUGGUCCCUUCUAGACCCUGCCCAGACUGGCUUCUACGGGGAGUUCAUCAUUGGAGAGGACUGUGGGGUUUCACUGCCUCCAGAUGACCCAGCAGCCCAGCAGGACCUCUCUCAGGGUGAGGAGAACGAGCCGUGUGUUCCCGAGCUGCAGGACGUCCAGGGCAAGGGUGCUGCCCAGGUCUCCUACUUGGACGCUCCAAGUGUCCAGCCAUUCCAGGCCGAAGAAAGAGGAAAACAUGAUGAGCUACAGGGACCAGAGUUCCAGGCCUGCGAGCAGACGACACUUGCUCAGAGCACCUGCCCAGCCGGAGGUGACCCGCUGCCCCCUAAGAGCAGCCUGGAUGAGGAGGUGACCAUCGAGAUUGUCCUGUCCAGCUCUGGGGAUGAGGACUCCCAGCUGGGCCCCUACUGCACAGAGGAGACACGGAGCCCCCUGGGGAAGCAAAACGGCACCCCCGUGCCCCAGCAGAAUGGCCUCUCGGCGGGGGGCGAGGUGCACCCCUCCGGGAAGUCCUACGUGUGCCCCAACUGCGGCAAGGUCUUCCGCUGGAGAGUCAACUUCAUCCGGCACCUGCGCAGCCGCAGGGAGCGGGAGAAGCUGCACGAGUGCUCGGUGUGCGGGGAGCUGUUCAGUGACAGCGAGGACCUGGACGGGCACCUGGAGGCCCACGAGGCCCAGAAACCCUUCCGCUGCGGCGCCUGCGGGAAGAGCUUCCGCCUCAACUCGCACCUGCUCUGCCACACGCGGGUCCACACCGAACCGACCGAGCCCCAGCCCGCGAUCGGGAGCGAGCAGGGGGCGGCGGAGUCCCCCGGCGGGGAGCCCGAUGCCCCGCCGGCCGAGGGCCGGGCCCAGGUGAGCAUCCGGUGCUGUGACUGCGGGAAGCUGUUCCAGCGGCCGGACCACCUGGCCAGGCACCGCAGCAUCGUGCACUCCAAGGACCGGGCGCGGCCCUUCCGGUGCCGCUACUGCGUCAAAAGCUUCCUGCACAACUCCGACCUCCUGCGCCACCAGCGCCUGCACAUGAAGCGCCGCUCCAAGCAGGCCCUCAACUCCUACUGACCGCUCCCGGGCAGACCUCACCUUCCCCCCCUUCGCUCUCAGGUAGAAACGAGAUAGUGAUCAACGGAGCAUUUCUUUGGUCUCUGCUGUGCCAAAAAGCAGGGAGGGAGGUGCAUAAGCAGCGUGGACCCGCCCGGCCUUUCUGGGUCAGAAGAGAGCCCCGUCCAGUGCUUCCCAGGCGGCCUGAGGGACCGGACUGCCCCAAUGCAGUGACCAUUUGGGGUCUGUCCCUUGCCACCAACUCACUACACUGCCAUGCUGCCUUGUCUGGACCCCUGCCCCUGUCUGGAGGUCCCAGGGUAACUGUACUUCCCAGCUGAGAGCAAGAAGCUGUGGGCGCGGUAAUGGCUAGAAAAAGGCAGGGAGUGCAUGUGGGCAGCAAGGCCAGGCACACCAAUCCCGCAGUGUCACCAGCUGACCCAGAGAGCACCGCUGUUCUGGGCAGCCCGCGGAGGGAACUGUGCCAUCCUUUUAUUUACCAUGGCAGCUGCUUAUUAGAGUUCACUGAGGGCCAUACCCACAUUUUAAAUUGUUGCACACUCUGCUCAAAUGUCAUUCCUUGGUACCUAAAGGCCCCGGUAGAUGGUUGUGGGGUAGAAGAGGUUGUCAUCCUUCGAAAGGCACUUAAGUUCCCCUGCCUGCCCCAGUGUGUCCGGGAGUGUGGAGCUCAGCCAGCCCCAGGGGGGGUUCUGUUGUCUGGAUGAGGGGCAGUGGAAACGACCUCCUGUGAGCUUGGGCUCUCCAUACCUAGUAACUGAGUCUGCUGUUCAUAUUCAUUUGCUAGGGCUGCCUUAACAAAACACC